AAUAAAUAGAAUUCUGAAUUAAGUUGUCUGCAAUGGCCAAGUCUGGCGAGACCCUGUACAAAGACCAAACAAUAUUUUAUGAAUUUUCAUCUACCCGCUCCUCUCUCUUUCCCUUGGUUUCUCAUUUAUUCUCCAAAAUCUCCCAAGUCUCUUUUCUCUUUCUUUCUCCUGAACUGCUUCUUCACCCCAUCACCCUUGUUCAGUCCACAGCCUCUAUUCAGGUCCAGUUGUCGCCUUCUCCAAUGGACCCCUUCAUCUCCAAGCUCUCCAAACCAUUCGGCAAGAUCGUCAAAACCAAGUGUAACGUUGGCGCCAAUCUCAACAAGCUUUCGUCGAAUUUAGAUCAUGUGGGAAUUGUUUUCAUUUUUAUAGGAUGACAGCUUCCAUUUUUGUAGCUCAACUACUGCUUUGAGGAGGUUGUAAUGAUUUGCACUAAGCAAGUUUACCUAUCAUGUGGAAUGUGGCUUUUCCUUAAUGUUAAACAGUUAGUGUUGUGAACAUCCAUGUUAUUGGUUUUUCUACAUUUAUUAACAUUGAUUGAGAAA